CACGGCGCUGGGGAAAUUCUGCCCGCCAAACGUUUCAAUCCGUGUCGAAACUCAACUGGAGGCGCUUUUUGAGGGAUGGGUGUGUGGUUCAGUUGUCGAUAAUCAUAAAAAUACCGAUCCGAUCUAGCGACAUAGAAAUCAUCCAACAUGGCUUCAUCUCUCGCCGCGCAGCUUGCGCAAGUUGCGGCCAAGUCGACCAACCAGUUGGACCUCAAAGCACAGCGCAUUUCGCAUUCGCAAUCUCUCAUCUACGACCGGAGAGUCGCUACCUCUCAGGACUUCGAUACUAUUUACGCGAUAUGCUACGAAGGCUUCCAGGAGCUAUGCCAACUCGAUCCCCGAUUCGCCCCGUUCGAGCGCACGAUCUUCAGCCAGCAGAGUAUCUCGGAAGACCGCACGGAGAUGACCGCUGCCCAGAAUAAGGAGCUUAACACAGUAUUGGAAGCUUUCUUGGCUUUGGUUGGAGGCAGACUUUUAUUGAGUCCGGCUGUGAGGGCCGUUGACUGGCUCAUUAGACGCUUCCGGGUACACGAGUACAAUACCGAAUUCACUCUCCUCACUUUCCUGCCAUAUUACACUACUCCACUCUUCCUAAGACUUUUAUCGAUAUUGCCCGAAGAUCUCACGCCGACCUUUAAAAUCUUAAAUCCGUACAAGAAGAGCAACAUCAACCCCCCGCGCCAUCCUCUCUUGCACAGCGCGACCACCAACAAGCUAUUCUUUGCUGCCAUCAACAGAUAUACCCUCCAGGUCAGCAAGCAGCGGGCGCAUCACCAUGCGCUUUUGACAUUCUGGGCCGGAAUGAUCACCGAAGCAGUUGCUGGAAUGUUGGACGCUGGACGCUCUGGUCGGCGGGAUCUAGAGAAGCAGAAGCACGAGGAUGUCAUCCUCAAGGUUCUUCCGGUUUUGAAUGAUGGUCUCGGAUUGAAGGACGUUUCGGAGCUGGUUAUCGGCUGUUACAUGGUUUGCGUUGUUCUGGCCAACAAGGCUACUCUAAACGAAGAAUUCCUUGAUUCUUUAAUGGAGGCUGUUGCUGGCUCGUGGACCGAAGAAACUAGAGAAUCAGGUCUGGUCUGUCUGUCUGUUCUUGCGCAAGCGAAACCAGACAUGACAAUUCCCAAGAGGGCUUUCAAGGCAGUGCUCCGCCUGGAAGAUCCUGUGCAGCGGCUGACUGAGCUCUCUACUCAAUACAAGACUUCCCACCUGGUGCUUGGUCUGGUAGCUGGCUGCGUGAACGAUCUUUCGAGACAAAAGGACUUGGCACGCUUGGAGUUUCUUUCUCAGAUCUUCAAUGCCCGUCUUCUCGAAGAAUCGGACACGGCCAAGGCAAUGUCCACGGUCCUUCACGCCACUAGCAAUGCUCAUCGGGAGGGUGCUUUGGCUCUUGACGCCCAGACUCAACUUGCUGAGCUCGUACAGCACUUCACUCAAUCCGAGUCCUUGAGCCCUAUUUUCCAGAAGGCCAUUGAGGAAUCUCAGUUGGACAUCGCUGCCCUGGAACACAAUCUGCAGAUCGUUAUAGAGUCUGCACCUGCACCUAAGGCUUUGGAAGACGUGGAAAUGGGGGAUGCUGAAGUUGAAGAAGCGGAGGAUCAGUUCCUACCUGCCCUAGAGUCUCUCGCUGGAAAGAGCCUGGAUAUCUCAGCCCUCAGCGCCCAAAAUCUAUCUGUCUUUGAGAGACUCGUGCAAGUGUUUGCUCUUGGUGUUGGCUCUGAGGAGAAGCUUGAGUCUUUUGUCAACCUGCCGUCGCUGAAGAAGGCCGAUGCCUUAAAAUCAACACAGUAUCUGUCGUUCCUGGCCAGAGUAUCAACCGGAUCCUACCCUACUGGCACUAGAGUUGCUGCGCUGAACCUGAUCUCGUCGGCCCUAUCUUCCGCAUCUGAUGUCGAUCUCCAGGCUCUGCUGCCCUACCUGCUGGUAUCGUUCGCCGACCCAACCGAGCGCAUUCGACGGGAAGCAACAGGCGUCCUGGCAGCGCUUGGCAACAUUUAUAAGCAGAACAAGAAGUCUGAUACUACUAAACCUUGGGCCUAUGACUCGCUGUAUGGCCAGCAAACAAAGAACGUCAAGUGGAUGGCCGGGCGUGAUGUACAGAAGCUUGUGGAGCGCGUUUUGCUUCCCGGCUUAGAGGAAUACGUUCUCGACCAAGACCAUAUUGGUCGUGUCCUCGAGGCGACGUUGCGAGGUGUGUCAACUGCUGAUUCCGCAGCAACCGAGAUUAAAAAGUCACUUCGCCUCAGCGUGUUCACUUUCUUGUGCUCUCAUGCUGUUCACAUACCCCUUCUUGCCCCCAAGCUGGGACUUCUGAAGCUUCUUAACAGAAUCGACAAGGCAGGUGGCACAACCCGUACCAAGGAAUUGGAGCCUCUUCUGAAAUCUUGGCGAGAGCUCGACGAUCUGAAAAUUAAGGAGGUUUGUGACAAGGAGCGCGUCUCUGUGGGCGAAAUGGAUGAGCAGGUUGUUUUGACCGUUACCCCGAAGGAGAAGGAUGCCAUUCUUGUGCUUCUUUCGAAUGUGAGCCCUUACUCCAACUCUCUCAGAUCAUCUUUCGUCGCUUCCAUCUUUAGCCGCAUGAAGGAUGUUUGGGCCUUGGUGCCUGAAGACAGACAGAUUGAGGCCUCGGAGAAGCUGUUCGGAAUUUCGCUCGAGGAGUCGGAUUCUCCCCUUGUCAAUGGAUGCAGGGAUGUUUUGCGCAGUGUGCAAUUGACGGGCUCUGUGCUUCAAUUCUUCCUGCAGAAGAUCCCUGUUUCCAUUACUGAUAUGGAGUCUGCUGGGCCGGCACCGAAGAGGAGACGCACCAGCCAGACCAAUAUGGUGGCCAUGACUGUUAAAGAUGAAGCCAAACUCAGCAAGCUGAUGGAGAAGACGACAUUCAUCCUGGAGCUGGUGGAUAGCUCGAACCCCGAGUCUCACCCUGAACUGGCUGAUGGCCUCUUCCAGACGCUGGCAGCUCUUCAUCAUUUCAAGUCGCAGAUUCAGUCAGGAAUGAGCUACCUGCUCAGCUUGACUCUCGGUAGCCUCUUGGCUAUCGUCAACAAGUCGAAGCAAACUGCCAAGCCUCAGUUUGACACCUCAGUCAUUCGAGCGGAUCUCGUUGUCGAUUGUGUCCGUACGACAGAUAGCCCGCAAGUUCAGAACGCGGCUCUUCUGCUCGUUGCUGGCCUUUCGAUUAUCGCCCCUGAGUUGGUGCUGCACAGCGUCAUGCCCAUCUUCACCUUCAUGGGCUCUAGCGUUCUUCGCAAGGAUGAUGAAUACUCCGUGUCUGUCAUCGACCAGACCAUCGACCAGGUCGUUCCCGCUCUCAUUCAGUCUCUUCGUAACCAGAAGCGUGACGUUGUCUCUGGAACUUCUGAGUUGUUGUUGAGUUUUACCGCCGCUUUUGAGCACAUUCCUGCUCACCGUCGUCUGCGUUUGUUCCAUGCUCUGGUCACCAAGCUCGGAGUCCUGGACUUCUUGUUUGCUGUUUUGGCUAUGCUGGCCAAUCGCUACGCCAUGGACAAGGAUGUUCUCGUUCUGAUGACUGGUCUCGUCUCUGAUGCCAGCGCACCCAUCGAACUCGAGACAUACAGCAAGUUCUUGGACUUGGUCAUUGACUCGCUCAAGCCCAAGCCUGGCAUUUCUCAAGUCUUGCUUGGAAUUGGAAGUGAUGAUGGUCGUGAACCCCAGAAGGUCGCCGUCGAUCUGCUCAGGUCACUGGCUCACCUGUUCAAGCACUCUUCGCUGAAGGUGAAAAUGGCCAAGGCUUUCGCAACAGAUUCGGACGACCAGACAGUCCAGAUCCGCACCCACUUCUCUCAUAUCCUGGAGAAGGUUCUGUUCAUUGGCGAAUCUAUGCAGAACGUCAAGCCUGUUAGCCAGGCGAGCGGCGAUGUCCUCAGCGCCUUGUUUGGCACUUUGUCUCUCGUCGACUUCCUUGAUACUAUCGAAGUCCUUCUGGAGCGACCUGACGACGAACUUCGCCGCAAGGUUCUUCGACUCCUGGAGGGUCGUUUGCGCCAGAACCCCGAAAACGAUGGUGUCUCACAAACACGCAUGUUGGACUUCUUGCCUACAUUGGUCAGCAUUGUGGAAUCAUCGCCAGAUAUUCUGCUCAAGCAUGCUGCAGUGGCCUGUAUCGACCGUAUCGCUGAGAAGUACGGCAAGAAGGAUCCUUUCAAGGUGGCCAGUGCUGCCCAGGUGGUUGCCGGCGCGGCUUGUAUUGGACAAGAUGAUGAGCGCAUUCGUAUCAUGGGUGUCUUGUGUCUCGCUUCGAUGGCCGAGGUGCUUGGCGAAGCUAUGAUCCCUGCACUUCCAGAUGCACUUCGUCGCUCGCUCGAGUUGCUCGAGAUCAGUUUGGAGAGUGGCAAGGAGAACUCUAGAUUGCAUGAUGCUGUUCUCUCUUUCUUCUCUGCCCUCUUCGUUCACAUUCCCUUCAUGGUGUCUGCAUCUCACCUUGAUCAGCUCCUUCUACUCUGCCACAAGUCCGCUAUCACCGAGGAAGUUGAAGAUGACGGCCGCGAGGAGACCCUCCGACUCAUGGCUCGCAAGGUCGAUGUGGCCGCGACGUUUGCUGCCGUUGACCGCAAUUGGCAACACGCUGUGGAAACUGGCCCCGAUGCUAUCCUAGAGACUCUGGGAAUCGUCAGCCUUGCCAUUGAGAAGCAUCCCAAGUCUGCCACCGUCAACAACCUGGCGGUCAUCACCAGCAUUCUGUUCAAGGCGUUUGACCUCCGCCGCCAGCAAGUGUCCUCAGGCUCGAAUGCCACCAUCGACUUGUCACACCUGGACGAGAUCGAGGAUGUCGUCAACGAGGUUGCCAUCAAGAUGGUUUACAAGCUAAAUGAUACCACCUUCCGUCCUAUUUUCACCAAGCUCCUUGACUGGGCUACCUCCACCACUCCAGCUAAGAAAGAUACCCAAGGUAGCCUGGCUCGCCUUACGACCUUCUACAAGUUCCUCCAAGUAUUCUUCGGCACUCUUCAGUCUAUUGUCACCGGCUACGCAAGCUACAUCCUGGAAAACGUGGUUAAGGUUCUCGCCAAAGCCAACCCCUCCAACCAGAACACCAAGAGUCUGUGGCUGGCAACGAUGCGCAUGCUCCGGAAUGCAUUUGAGCACGACCAAGACGAAUUCUGGCAAUCUCCUUCCCACCUCACCGCGAUCGCUCAGCCUUUGAUCUCCCAGCUCGCCCAUGCCACGAACUCCUCCACGGCCGCCCUCGUCAUCGCCGAGGCCGUCCCCGCCAUCACGGAGCUGGCCGUCGCCGCCGACUCCACGGACAACCACAAGGAACUCAACACGGCGUUGAUGCGUCUCCUCCGUCCCUCGGCCGGACCCUCGGGCAAGGCCGCUGCCGGCGGCGAGAACCCGCACACGCGCCUGGCCGCCUUGAGGGCGGAGCAAUCGCUCACCGAGCAGCUCGGCGAAGAAUGGCUCGCGUUGCUGCCGGAGAUGCUGCCGUACAUCAGCGAGCUGAUGGAAGAUGAAGAUGAGAACGUCGAGCGGGAGGUCCGCAAGUGGGUCAAGCAAAUCGAAGAGGUCUUGGGUGAGAGGUUGGAUGAUAUGCUCACCUAAAACUCCGGGGGAUUGAGGAGGAGGAGGAGGAAUCUUCCAGUGAUUGAAACUUUUUCUUGUAUGAUGCCGGAUGGCGUACCUUGGCAAUUGGGGGUCCUUUGUUGUUGUAAAUACUUCGUUUUGAAAAGUUCCCAGGAUUCCUGUGUUUGUUUCUCGAUGCUGAGUGUUGUUGUUGCUGAUGUUGAUGUCUCUUAACAUAUAUACCUCAUUUUCUCCUUGUUGUAUCUAGAAGAAUCCUUUGAAAUAG